AUGGCGACAGGAAUGAAGGCGAUGCCAUUUUCUUUUGUGGCUCACUUCUUGGGCAUAGUAGGUGCAAUUAUGGUGCUUAUUUGGUGUAUCAGCUUCAGGGGAGGUUUAGCAUGGGAAGCCCCAAAUAAAAAUCUCAUCUUUAAUAUUCAUCCUGUCUUAAUGCUUAUAGGAUUGGUCAUCAUUGGAGGUGAAGCCAUUAUGAGUUACAAAUGUCUCCCAUUGAAGAAGCCAGAGAAGAAACUAAUACAUCUAGUUUUGCAUGCUAUUGCUCUCAUACUUGGCAUAAUUGGAAUUUACACAGCAUUCAAGUUUCACAAUGAAAGCAAUAUUGCCAAUUUAUACAGUUUGCACUCUUGGCUUGGAAUUGGUGUUAUCGUUCUUUAUGGCAUUCAGUGGAUUUAUGGUUUCCUCAUUUUCUUCUAUCCCGGGGGUACAACGACAAUUAGAAGCCAGUCGCUUCCAUGGCACGUUCUGUUUGGCCUUUUCGUGUACAUUUUAGCGGUUGGUACUGCUACACUAGGAUACCUCGAAAAACUUACAUUCCUCCAGAACUCUGGCGUCGCAAAAUAUGGCUCGGAGGCCUUCCUAGUCAAUUUCACAGCCAUCGUAACAAUCUUGUUUGGGGUAUUUGUGUUCUUGACAAUUCUUUCUCAGCCUCCUCAAGAAGAUGAAUACAGUUACUCAGCUAUUAUAUAA